AUGCAUCAGGCUACUAGUCUGCAGCUAUCAGCCGGCAAGAACCUUCUUCGAUAUCUAAAAGGAACUACAGACCUAGCUAUAUGCUAUUGGUCUAAGUCAACAACACCCAAUCUAUCAGGAUAUUCCGACAGCGACUUUGCAGGUGACUUAGAUUUCUCUAAGUCUACCUAUGGGUACCUCUUUACCCUAGCAGGCGGACCAAUCUGCUGGAAAUCAAAAAGGGCUAGUACUAUUGCUCUUUCUACUGUAGAGGCAGAAUCGGAUGCCCUACUGGAAGCAAUUCGGGAACUUAAAUGGCUAGACGGUCUAUUUACAGAAAUCGACAAAGGCCUUAAAAAACCUAUACCACUUCUGUGCGAUAACAACGGAUCUAUCUCUAACGCCAACAAUCCCAAUUAG